UCGUCUCGCCAACCGGUCGGCCGAACCUCCUCGCUCGCAAGGGGGAGAUCGAAGUGUGCCCCAGAGGCUUCUUUUACGUAUGUGGGUGUGAUCGACUCGGGAGUCUGUCCCCCCCUUUUCUCUUUUUUUUCUCUCUCCCAAACUCCAUCUAUCAGUGGCUAGUUUGAUCUUGUUCGAAUCGGCCGUGCCCUUCGUCCCCCCUUUCGCCGUCGCCGCCGCCGCCAUGGGCCGCGGCUCCGUCAGACACCAACCUAGGGCUUCGUCGCCGUCGUCUUGGCGCUCGGCGGCCGCCGCUUUCCUGCUCCUGGCCGCCCUCGCUCUCGCCGACGCCUCGCAGUUGGACGAGGACUUGACCUUCGAUGAGGAGGCAGUGGGCGUGGCCAGAGUCCGCCGCGAGGCCGAGGUGGCGCCCGUGGCUCCGCCCUACCAGGAGGUCCCCAGCGCGAAGGCGACGCUGACGAAAAGGCAGAGCGGAUGGGGCUUCUGGGGCAGCAGCUCCGACGACGAGGACGACGUCGGUUCGGCCAUCGAGGGCUCCGGGCUCGAGAAGAUCAUUUACCGCGUGAAGUUCCAAGUCAACCUGAUCUGGAAGGUCGAAUACAGCAACAAGCAGGGCUCCCUCUUCCAAGACCUGGCCAGCGAGAUCAGGAACGCCUUCGACAUCAUUCUGAGGCCGAUUUCGGGAGACAAGUCACUCCACGUCUCCAAUAUGAGGCAGUCGAUUUCGGGCUACGUGGAGGUGACGAUGGACAUCAACUACGAGGGCUUCGGCGACCAGAGCGGCGUCCUCAAGCGGAAGAUCCGCGAAGCCCUCAGCACGAGCCGCCUGGGAAGCAUCCCCGUCAACCCGCAGUUCUUCAGCUUCGCCGAGCACGGGACUGCAGUGACCUCUCCCACGUCCUGCCCCGACGGGAAGUGGCGGUGCCCCUCCGGACGGUGCGUGGGGCGCUGCGACGGUCGGUACGACUGCCUUGACAAAUCCGACGAGAGAGACUGCAUCACCUCGACCUCCUCCUCGACCACGAGCUCCAAGGCGGACGAAGGUUGUCGCGGAGAUGACCAAUUCCGCUGUGCAGGCGACGAGGAAAAAUUUGUGUGUGAAGUACAGCGGUGCGACGGUCACAAAGACUGCCCGCAGGGAGAUGACGAAGAAGGCUGCGGUUGUGAGCAAGGCAACUUCGUGUGUGAUGGUGUGAGGUGUGUGCCUGAUGAAAAGAGAUGCGACGGCACGAAAGACUGCGUGGAUAACUCGGACGAGGAAAAUUGUGCACGACCAACGUGUCGUUCGGACGACCAGGGACCCAGGACGUGUGACGAUGGCACGACCUACGCCUGUUUCUGUGACGGUGUGAGGGAGUGUCCCGGAGGAGAGGACGAGGCCGGGUGCGGCUCAAGCGGGUGCAGACAGGACCAGUUCUCCUGCGACGACGGCACGCAGUGCAUCGAGGGCAACCAAGUGUGCGACGGGAACCAGCAUUGCUUCGACAACACUGACGAAGACCCAGCCCAGUGCACCCCCGCACGACCAACGUGUCGCUCGGACGACCAGGGACCCAGUACGUGUGACGAUGGCACGACCUACGCCUGUUUCUGUGACGGUGUGAGGGAGUGUCCCGGAGGAGAAGACGAGGCCGGGUGCGGCUCAAGCGGGUGCAGACAGGACCAGUUCUCCUGCGACGACGGCACGCAGUGCAUCGAGGGCAACCAAGUGUGCGACGGGAACCAGCAUUGCUUCGACAACACUGACGAAGACCCGGCCCAGUGCACCCCCGCACGACCAACGUGUCGCUCGGACGACCAGGGACCCAGGACGUGUGACGAUGGCACGACCUCAGCCUGUUUCUGUGACGGUGUGAGGGAGUGUCCCGGAGGAGAGGACGAGGCCGGGUGCGGCUCAAGCGGGUGCAGACAGGACCAGUUCUCCUGCGACGACGGCACGCAGUGCAUCGAGGGCAACCAAGUGUGCGACGGGAACCAGCAUUGCUUCGACAACACUGACGAAGACCCGGCCCAGUGCACCCCCGCACGACCAACGUGUCGCUCGGACGACCAGGGACCCAGGACGUGUGACGAUGGCACGACCUCAGCCUGUUUCUGUGACGGUGUGAGGGAGUGUCCCGGAGGAGAGGACGAGGCCGGGUGCGGCUCAAGCGGCUGUAGAUCGACCGACUUUGCGUGCGACCAGAACUCGGUGUGUCUCGAUAUCUCGCAAGUCUGUGACACUUAUCCCGACUGUCAAGACGGCUCUGACGAGGACCCCGCCACUUGCAGAAUUUCUGUGUUGCCAACAACAACGACGUCAACAACCACCACAACACCCGUUCCGACUACAACGACAGCCAUACCGUCUACAACUACACCAGAACCGUCUACAACAACACCCGUUCCGACUACAACAACAACAACAACAACCUCUACGACAACACCCGUUCCGACUACAACAACACCCGUUCCGACUACAACAACAACCGUACCGUCUACGACAACAACAACAACAACCGUACCGUCUACGACAACAACAACAAUAACAACAACCGUACCGUCUACGACAACAACAACAAUAACAACAACCGUACCGUCUACGACAACACCUACUACUACAACGACAACAACAAAGGCAACAACGACGACGCCCCCGCUGCCCUCCCCGCCCACUUGCGCGCCCGGCCAGCAGCUGAUCCUCUGCGCCGACGGGGUGACGUACGCCUGUCAGUGCGACGGUAACAAGCAGUGUCCAGACAUGGCCGAUGAGGAUUCACGGAUAUGUGGCUGCUCAUCCAACAUGUUCGAAUGCGACCAAGGCUCAUGCAUCGAUCUCAGCAAGACCUGCGACGGCAAACAGGACUGCUACGACGCCACGGACGAGUUGGGAUGCUCCACUGUCGUACCUUGCCGUUCUGACGAAUUCACAUGCAAAGACGGAAGUUGCGUUGACAGCUUCCGUCGGUGCGAUUACAUUGAUGACUGUCCCGACGGCUCGGACGAAGCCUACUGCCCAUGCGAGCCCCCUAACUUCGAGUGCAUCAGUGGCAUGUGCAUCACCCCGGAGAAGCGGUGCAACGGAAUUAAGGACUGUGACGAUGGCUCGGACGAGGAAGUCAACUGUCCGUGUUCCCCGAGCGAGUUCACGUGCCACAACGGCCAGUGCGUGGCCGGGAGCCUGCGGUGCGAUGGCGAGCACGACUGUGACGACCAGUCAGACGAAAUUAAUUGCCCAGCAUGUUCCGAAGAUGCUUUCCUUUGCGGCGAUAAGCACUGCAUUCCCCAAGAUAACGUCUGCGACGGAGUCGACGAUUGUGAUACCGAUGAAUUGAAUUGCUGUGAAGGAUCAGGGGUGUUCGAGUGUGACAUUGGCACUUGCCUUGGCUCUGACAAAGUGUGUAAUGGGAUGAAAGAUUGUCCCGAUGGCGAGGAUGAGAAAGGCUGUCCUGGUGAAAUGUGUCAGGCUGGGGAAUACAGGUGCAAGAACGGAGACUGCAUUCCUAUCUCCCAGCGAUGUGAUGGCCUCGCGCAGUGCAGGGACCAGUCUGAUGAAUCCGGUUGCCCUUGUCGUUCAGAUCAAUGGACUUGUGCCAGUGGUUCAUGCAUACCAAAUGAAUACAGGUGUGAUGGUAGAUAUGAUUGUCCUGACUACAGUGAUGAAGAUAAUUGUGAUUCAGUAUGCAGUUCAUCUGAAUGGACUUGUGGGGAUGGAUCAUGCAUACCAAGUACAGCAAGGUGUAAUGGAGGCUUUGACUGCCCAGAUUAUAGUGAUGAAGAGAACUGUGCAGCGUGUGGUCCAUUGGAGUGGAUGUGUGGAGAUCUCUCAUGCAUACCAAGUACAGCAAGGUGUAAUGGAGGCUUUGACUGCCCAGAUUAUAGUGAUGAAGAGAACUGUGCAGCGUGUGGUCCAUUGGAGUGGAUGUGUGGAGAUCUCUCAUGCAUACCAAUAGAGGCAAGAUGUGACGGUCGAGAUGACUGCCGAGACUACACAGAUGAACUUGACUGUAGAGCUUGUCACCCGGAUGAAUGGACUUGCUGGAAUAGUGACUGUAUCCCAGGCUAUCAGCGUUGUGAUGGAGUGCCUCAAUGCCCUGAUCGUUCAGAUGAAGAGAACUGCGUACCUGCAUGUGGUCCUGAUGAGUGGACUUGCAGGAACGGUGAUUGUAUCCCAGGAUAUCAGAGAUGUGACAGAACACCUCAGUGCAUUGACCGCUCAGACGAAGAGAACUGCAUACCUGCAUGUGAUUCAACGCAGUGGACUUGUGGUGAUGGAACUUGCAUACCCCAAGAAGGCCGUUGUAAUGGACAGUAUGACUGCCGAGACUAUAGUGACGAAGAAGGGUGUCCAAGAGAAUGCAGUCCUGGCGAGUGGACUUGUAGGAAUGGGGACUGUAUUCCUGCCUCUCAGCACUGUGACAGAACACCACACUGCCUUGAUGGCUCUGAUGAAGAGAACUGCCCAUCUACACCCGCAUGUGGUUAUUUGGAAUGGACUUGUAGGGACGGAACUUGCAUUCCUCAGCAAGAACGAUGUGAUGGUCGUUAUGACUGUCCAGACUAUACUGAUGAGGAAGGUUGUGUACGAGCAUGCACUUCUGGGGAAUGGAGAUGUAGUGAUGGAACUUGCAUUCCGCUACAAGCACGAUGUGAUGGCCGCAAUAACUGUCCAGACUAUUCUGAUGAGGAAGGUUGUUCACAAGCAUGCACUUCUGGGGAAUGGAGAUGUAGUGAUGGAACUUGCAUUCCGCUACAAGAACGAUGUGAUGGUCGCUAUAACUGUCCAGACUAUUCUGAUGAGGAAGGUUGUUCACAAGCAUGCACUUCUGGGGAAUGGAGAUGUAGUGAUGGAACUUGCAUUCCGCUACAAGAACGAUGUGAUGGUCGCUAUAACUGUCCAGACUAUUCUGAUGAGGAAGGUUGUUCACAAGCAUGCACUUCUGGGGAAUGGAGAUGUAGUGAUGGAACUUGCAUUCCGCUACAAGAACGAUGUGAUGGUCGCUAUAACUGUCCAGACUAUUCUGAUGAGGAAGGUUGUUCACAAGGCUGCAGUCCUAGUGAGUGGACUUGCAGGAAUGGAGACUGUAUCCCUGGGUAUCAGCGUUGUGACAGAACACCUCAGUGCCUUGAUCGUUCAGAUGAAGAGAACUGCAGACCUGAACCUGCCUGUGGUUCUGGGGAAUGGACUUGUGGGAUUGGAACUUGUAUUCCUCUCCAAGCACGCUGUGAUGGUCGUUAUGACUGUCCAGACUAUAGUGACGAGGAAGAUUGCCAAGUAGAUAAGAGCUGCAGUCCUAGUGAGUGGACUUGCAGGAACGGAGACUGUAUCCCUGAGUAUCAGCGUUGUGACAGAACACCUCAGUGCCUUGAUCGUUCAGAUGAAGAGAACUGCAGACCUGAACCUGCCUGUGGUUCUGGGGAAUGGACUUGUAGGGACGGAACUUGUAUUCCUGAUCGAGCACGGUGUGAUGGUGGUUAUGACUGUCCAGACUAUAGUGACGAGGACAGUUGCCAAGCUUGCAUGCCAGAAGAGUUUGCCUGCCUUGAUGAUGGCACCUGCAUCCCAAAGAGCCUGGUGUGUGAUGGGAGACCAUACUGUCGUGAUGGGUCAGAUGAAAAUAACUGUUCUCCGCCCUCACAAUGCCCAGAAGGAGAGUUCCAAUGUGCUGAUGGAAUAUGCAUUCCAAGCUACCUUGUAUGUGAUGGUCAUAGCUACUGUAGAGACGGUUCCGACGAAUGGGGCUGCUCGUCUUGCAAUUCUGUAACGGAAUGGCAGUGUGAUGAUGCUGAGUGUAUUGACCGCAGACUACGUUGUGAUGGCAAACUGGACUGUCCUUAUGACAAUUCUGAUGAACGUGAUUGCCCUUACACCUGCCGGCCAGACCAGUUCCGCUGUGAGAAUGGAGAGUGUCUUGAUGCCAGCCAGCGUUGCAAUGGAAGGGAGGAAUGCAAUCGUGGGGAAGAUGAACGAGGAUGUGGUCCGUUCGAGUUCCAGUGUGAUAGUGGACAGUUCAUAGAUCAACAAUACAGAUGCAAUGGUGUUGUUGAAUGUCCAUUAGAUCAGUCAGAUGAAGAAGGAUGCAGAUGUAGGUCUGAUGAGUGGACUUGUAGGAAUGGGGACUGUAUUCCAAGUUAUCAGCGUUGCGAUGGAAUACCUCAGUGCACUGACCGCUCAGACGAAGAGAACUGCAGACCUGAACCACCUGGGUGUGGAUCUGGUGAGUGGACUUGCAGGAAUGGGGACUGUAUUCCAAGUUAUCAGCGUUGCGAUGGAAUACCUCAGUGCACUGACCGCUCAGAUGAAGAGAACUGCAGACCUGAACCACCUGGAUGUGGGUCUGAUGAGUGGACUUGUAGGAAUGGGGACUGUAUUCCAAGUUAUCAGCGUUGCGACGGAACACUCCAGUGCGUUGACCGCUCAGAUGAAGAGAACUGCAGACCUGAACCACCUGGAUGUGGGUCUGGUGAGUGGACUUGCAGGAACGGUGAUUGUAUCCCAGGCUAUCAGAGAUGUGACAGAACACCUCAGUGCAUUGACCGCUCAGACGAAGAGAACUGCAUACCCGGAUGUGGUCCUGGUGAAUGGACUUGCAGGAGUGGGGACUGUAUUCCAAAUUAUCAGCGUUGCGACGGAACACUUCAGUGCAUUGACCGCUCAGACGAAGAGAACUGCAGACCUGAACCACCUGGGUGUGGAUCUGGUGAGUGGACUUGCAGGAAUGGGGACUGUAUUCCAAGUUAUCAGCGUUGCGAUGGAAUACCUCAGUGCACUGACCGCUCAGAUGAAGAGAACUGCAGACCUGAACCACCUGGAUGUGGGUCUGAUGAGUGGACUUGUAGGAAUGGGGACUGUAUUCCAAGUUAUCAGCGUUGCGACGGAACACUCCAGUGCGUUGACCGCUCAGAUGAAGAGAACUGCAGACCUGAACCACCUGGAUGUGGGUCUGGUGAGUGGACUUGCAGGAACGGUGAUUGUAUCCCAGGCUAUCAGAGAUGUGACAGAACACCUCAGUGCAUUGACCGCUCAGACGAAGAGAACUGCAUACCCGCUUGUGGACCCAAUGAGUUCACCUGUGUGUCCAGCGGCUUCUGCAUCAGCGAAUUUGCGCGUUGUGAUGGUAAACCAGACUGUAGGGAUGGUUCUGAUGAACAAGGCUGUGAAACCCUGUGCCAUCCUGUAGAAGAAUGGCAAUGUGCCAAUGGUCAGUGUAUACCCAGUAGAUAUCGAUGCGAUGGUCGGCAAGACUGCGCUGAUAACUCUGAUGAACUGGAUGCAAGUUGUGUCCCUACAAGUCCACCAGAUACAAACAGCUGCCCUCCACAACAGUUCGCAUGUAAAAAUGGCGAAUGUGUCGACCGGGUUUAUCUCUGUGAUGGGAUCCCAGAUUGCGGAGAUGGAUCAGACGAAAGAGACUGCAUUCCAACAGAGAACGACCUAGUGUGUGGAACCAACCAAUUCCUAUGCAAUUCUGGGGAAUGUAUUAGCGCAAGCAAAGUAUGUGAUAGAAAGAAAGAUUGCAAUGACAAUUCUGAUGAACAACCAUGCGAUUAUGCAGAUAAUCGACAAUGUACGGCAGACGAGUUCAAGUGUAAAGAUGGUGGAUGCAUAGAGAAGGAGUGGAGGUGUGACAAUGUGCCCGACUGCGCUGAUGCCUCGGAUGAAAUUGAUUGUUGCAGUACCAGUGAAUUCCAGUGUGGUGAUGGUUUUUGCAUCGCAGACUUCAAAAAAUGCGAUGGAACCUAUGACUGUAUUGAUGGAUCUGAUGAGCGUGCUGACUGUGAAUGUCGCACAAAUGAGUUCCAGUGCAGAGAUGGUGCCUGUAUCCCAAGUACUGGGAAGUGCAAUGGCUAUGCAGAGUGCUUGGAUGGUUCUGAUGAACAAGACUGUGGCUGUGGCCCCAUAGAGUGGCAAUGUGAAACAGGAGAGUGUAUUUUCACCACUGAAAGAUGUAAUGGCGUAAGGGACUGUCCUGAUGGCUCAGACGAAAGGGACUGCCCAGGUGUGUUGGUGAAUUAUUCCUCAAGCCUUUCCCAUUUUUGAAUCAUCUUUUACAGUUUUUGAAGACCAACACACUCAAGGUUAUCAUUACAAGAAAUAGAUAGUUUUGACAUGUAAAUAGGAAAAGAUAUUUUAUACUCGGCUGAAGAUUUGGCACAGAGAAAUUAGAAAGAAUUAGGCUAGGUCAGAGUUUUGGGACUUGAUUCCUUUGCUAGUAAAGAUGGGGUAGUAUUAAACACUAAAAGAGAAUGAGU